AUCCGGGGAGCUGACACGCUUCGAUGUGUUUACAUCCUAGACCCCUGGUUUGCAGGGUCCUCCAACGUGGGCAUCAGCAGGUGGAGGUAGUGGACUACCUCAUGAAGCUGGUUGAGAGAAUAUCAAGAGUGUGCAAAGCUGUCAUCAAGGAAAAGGGUGGCUACGUUGAAGAAUCUCAAAUAUAACAACUUUUUUGAUUUGUUUAACACUUGUGGUUAAUACAUAAUUCCAUAUGUGUUAUUUCAUAGUUUUGAUGUCUUCACUAUUAUUCUACAAUGUAGAAAAUAGUAAACAAUUAAGAAAAACCCUUGAAUGAGUAGAUGUGCCCAAACCUUUGACUGCUACUGUAUAUAGUGUAUAUUUAAGCAAUAAGGCCCAAGGGGUGUGCUAUAUGGCCAAUAUACCACAGCUAAGGGCUAUUCUUACGCACGACGCCACGCAGAGUGCCUGGAAACACCCCUUAGCUGUGGCAUAUUGGCCAAGUAUAAACUGAUUACCAACUUAAUUAGAGCAGUAAAAAUAUAUGUUUUGUCAUACCCGUGGUAUACGUUUCGAUAUACCACGUCUGUCAGCCAAUCAUUAUUAAGCUCUUGAACCACCCAGUUUAUAAAUAGGCCUAGCCAAUGUAAAGUUCUGUGUGUGUGUGUGUAAUCUGCUCCAGGUCAAUGGAACAACUGAAGCUUAGACAGGAGUUAGCCUAGCCAGCCCUUUAGAGGCUUCGUCUGGAGAGCGCUUGUUUGACCUGCAGUCGGAGUGCGUUGUCCAGAGGACAUAAACCGUUACCAUUAGACAAUUGUAACAACGCCAGAAAUAUUCAUUAAAAUGUAUGCACGUUUUAGUCAUAGACAUUGUUUCUGUUACUAUAUAUUUUUCUGAAUGGUUUGCUUCAUCUGAUCAUCAGGGCCGCCUCCAGAAUGAAUCACUUGGACGGGAUUUGAUUUCCAUAAGGGGGUUCUUACUACAAUGUCUAGAGGACCUAGACGCCAGCCUCCGCAAGCUCAACUCCCGUCUGUUUGUCAUCCGGGGCCAGCCUACUGAUGUCUUCCCCAGGCUGUUCCAGGAAUGGCAGACCAGCCAGCUGUCUUAUGAGUACGACUCUGAGCCCUUCGGCAAGGAACGUGACGCCGCCAUCCAGAAGCUGGCCAGCGAGGCCGGUGUGGAGGUUACUGUCAAAGUCUCCCACACUCUCUAUGACCUGGACAAGAUCAUCGAGCUAAACGGAGGCCAGUCCCCUCUCACCUACAAGCGUUUCCAGGCACUCAUCAGUCACAUGGAUGCCGUGGAAUCACCCGCUGAGAUCAUCACUGCUGAGGUCAUGAGGAAGUGUGCCACGCCCAUCAGUGAUGACCAUGACGACAAGUUUGGCGUGCCCUCCCUGGAGGAGCUUGGCUUUGAGACCGAAGGCCUGGCUACAGCAGUAUGGCCAGGGGGAGAGACGGAGGCCCUCACUCGCCUGGAGAGGCACCUGGAGAGAAAGGCAUGGGUGGCCAACUUUGAGCGUCCCAGGAUGAACGCCAACUCCCUGCUGGCCAGCCCCACAGGCCUCAGCCCCUACCUCCGCUUCGGCUGCCUCUCCUGUCGCCUCUUUUACUUCAAACUCACUGACCUCUACAGGAAGGUGAAGAAAAACAGCUCACCGCCCCUCUCGCUCUAUGGCCAGCUGUUGUGGCGCGAGUUCUUCUACACCACAGCCACCAACAACCCCCGCUUCGACAAAAUGGAGGGCAAUCCGGUUUGUGUGCAGAUCCCCUGGGACCGCAACCCGGAAGCGCUGGCCAAGUGGGCCGAGGGGAGGACAGGGUUCCCCUGGAUUGACGCCAUCAUGACCCAGCUGAGACAGGAGGGCUGGAUCCACCACCUGGCCAGACAUGCUGUUGCCUGCUUUCUCACUAGAGGAGACCUGUGGAUCAGCUGGGAGGAGGGCAUGAAGGUAUUUGAGGAGCUGCUCCUGGAUGCAGACUGGAGUGUGAACGCAGGCAGCUGGAUGUGGCUCUCAUGCAGCUCCUUCUUCCAGCAGUUUUUCCACUGCUACUGCCCUGUGGGCUUCGGCAGGAGGACGGACCCAAACGGAGACUACAUACGGCGCUAUCUGCCCAUACUGAAGGCCUUCCCAGCCAAGUACAUCUUCGACCCCUGGAACGCGCCCGAGAGCAUGCAGAAGGCAGCCAAGUGUGUGAUCGGCAUGCAUUACCCCAAGCCCAUGGUGCACCACACCGAGGCUAGCCGCCUCAACAUCCAGAGGAUGACGCAGAUCUACCAACAGCUCUCCUGCUACCGCGGUCUGGGGCUGCUCGCGACAGUGCCUGCUAAUCCUAACAAUGGUGGAAAUGGUGUGGGGACCUCCCCUGAAGAAAUCCAGCAUGAGGCAGUCGCUCAAGCAGGCAGAGGACAUGCUGCCGUGAAGCGUAGCAGUGAGGACCUCACACCGGGGGGUAGCAACAAGGCCCAGAGGUAGACCAGCAACUAGUCCCUGAUGUGGAAGGGUAGAGGAGAAGGGGGUACCAGCUACCCUGUUGAUCUCCAGUAGGCUCCACCAGCACUUGAAGCACUGCAUCCUCCUCCCCUGACUCUUCAACUCUACAGGAGCACAUCUACCUCAGUGGUGUGAGCAGCAGUAGGAAGAGAUGGAGCAGAGGAGAGGAAAGGAGGCUGCUAACAUCCCACAUUGAACUAUGGGGAACAUCAAAUCACAUGAUCCCCAAAGAACUGAUCGCAGUCUGACAUUCAACCUCUGUGGAGAAUCGCAAACGCACUGUUCCCAGUGUUACUAGAUAGAGGUGAUGGUGUCAGGACAGAAGCCCUUUCACGAGAUGACUCCCCAAUAGUCUUUAACAUGCACACCACCAAACUGUAUUUUUUGUGGUGCUUGGAAUACAAGCCUGAGUUCCAUUUAUCAUAAAAGAUGAUAUACACACGUUUGUCCUCUUUCCCCAAAAUGUCUAUGGAAAAAAUAUGUGGUCCCUUUGGGGAUAUAUGUAUGUAUAGAACAUGGAGGCACACGUUAUAUUUGCUGAAAGAACACUGGGUGGUGACUGUUUGAUCCUGAGGGCAUGUUAUGUGCAGUCCUAGGCAUGGAGAAUGGCAUCAGCCUCAAGCUGAGGAUGACUGAUGACCCAACUUGGAAUCGUCAGGUCAAAUGGUCAGGAAACACUUAUUAUUCUAUGGGGUAUAAUGCUGUCAGAAGUUCAGAAAUAUGAGUUUCCAAUAAGCAUUUUUAAGGCAGCAUAACCUCUGUAAAAACCUUUUUAAGGGAAUGAUGUAAACGUUUCUGUAUAAGCGUGUGAGUAAUUCAACUCAAAAUGUACAGUAAAAAUGGUAUAUUGCAUGUUUUUUUUGUUUUAUUCUUUUUUCUGGUGAAGUUGUAAACCAAUUGUUAUUUUUGUAUAAAGACUGACUGUUCUGUAUAGUGCUGUAAUAAAAGGUGCCAAGUGUAACACUGGCUCAAAGUAA